AUGCUUCCCUAUUCUUUGUACGCAAUACGACGCAUUGAUUUCGUCCCCUCGAACGUCUUACCUUCUAUCUGUUACCUGUACUUAGGGGAGAAAUCCUGCCCGGUGGGAACUCGUGUAAUCGUAAGUUUCCUUUUUUAUAUUCAGAAAUUUUCCCGAUCUCCCCGGUCCAACAGAAUCCAUUUUGCUGAAAGGUACAACUUUUACUCAGAACCAAAUGUGACCCAGUGUAAAUUUUCCCUUAUUUGUCUGCGGGCGAACAUGUCCCCUUCGCCUAACCAAUCGAACUGUGGCGAUGCACUCGGUUUAUGCCGUGCGCCGUCUAUUUGCAAUGUUUCCACUGGGAAUUAUUUUCCUAGGCACCGCUUGUCGGUAGCCUACUAA